AUGGCUCCCCCGGUUCGGUGUCGGUAUCGGGAGCCGGGACCGGUACCGGGAUCGGGAUCGGGAUGGGAAACCGGGAAUGGCCCCCCCGGUUCAGGACCGGUACCGGGAUCGGGAUUUGGGGGUCGGUACCGGGAAUGGCCUCUCCGGUUCGGGAUCGGUAGCGGGAUCUGGUACCGGGAUCGGUCCCCCCGGUUCGGUGUCGGUAUCGGGAGCCGGGACCGGUACCGGGAUCGGGAUUUGGGGGUCGGUACCGCGAUCGGUCCCCCUGGUUCGGGGUCGGUACCGGGAAUCGGGAUCGGUACCGGGAUCUGGUACCGGGAAUGUCCCCCCCGGUUCGGGAUCGGUAUCGGGAGCCGGGAUCGGCACCGGGAUCGGGGUUUAGGGGGUCGGUACCGGGAUUUGGGAUGGGAAACCGGGAAUGGCUCCCCCGGUUCGGGAUCGGUACCGGGAUUUGGAUUCGGUACCGGGAAUCGGCAUCGGUACCGGGAGCCGGGAUCGGUACCGGGAUCUGGGAUCGGGAUCUGGUACCGGGAAUGGCCCCUCCGGUUCGGGAUCGGUACCGGGAUUUGGAUCCGGUACCUUGAUCUGGGAACGGCCCCCCCAGUUCGGUACCGGGAGCCGGGAAUCGGGAUCGGUACCGGGAUUUGGGGUCGGUGUCGGUACCGGGAUCGGUUCCCCCGGUUCGGAAUCGGUACCGGUACCGGGAUUCGGGAUCGGGAACCGGAAACCGGGGCCGGUACCGGGAUUCGGUACCGGGAUCGGGAUUUGGUUUCGGUGUCGGUACCGGGACCGGGGAAUGGCCCCCCCGGUUCGGUACCGGGAUUCGGGAUCGGGAAUGGCCCCCCCGGUUCGGGAUCGGUACCGGGAUCGGCCCCAGCCCCCGCCGCCGGUACCGGAGCCACCCCCGGGCCCGCUCCCGGUGCCGCCCCCGCGCUCCCGGUCCGGAUCUGCUCGCGAUCCAUCCGCGCUGCCCGGGACCGGCACCGGAACCGGCCCCGCGAUCCAUCCCCGGGACCGGCACCGGAACCGGGCUCCAUCCCCGGGACCGGCACCGACCCCGCGCUCCGGGUCCCGCUCGCGGUUCCCAUCCCCGGUACCGGGCCCGGUUUCCGGUACCGGGUCCGGCCCCGCUCCCCAAUCCCGGAUCCAGCCCCGGCCCCGGCUCCGAUUCCGCUCCCGAUCCGUUCCUGGUCCCGGUCCCGGUUCCGGUCCCGGUUCCGUUCCCGGUCCCAGAUCCGUUCCUGGUCCCAGUCCCGGUUCCGGUCCCGAUCCCGAACCCAUUCCCGGUUCCGGUCCCGGUUCCGGAUCCAUUUCCGGCGGCCGGAGCCCCCCCCGCCCCUCCCCCCCCAUGAGGAGGGGGCGAUGCCGGGCCCCGCCCCCCCCGCGCUGCUGCUGCUGCUGCUGGCGGGAGCCACGCGUGCCGCCAUCCUGGACGAGCGCGGGGGCUGCGGGCGGGGGGAGCGCCUGGCCCUGGCCCUGGCCCGCGAACGUGUCAAUGGCCCGGGGGGGGGGCGGCCCCCGGCCCGCCUGGAGCUCGAGGUGUUCGAGCUGGAGCGGGACAACCAGUACGAGACCACGGACACCAUGUGUCAGAUCCUGCCCAAGGGCGUGGUCUCGGUGCUGGGUCCGGCCGCCAGCCCGGCCGCUGCGGCCACGGUCAGUCACAUCUGCGGGGAGAAGGAGAUCCCCCACAUCCGCGUGGGCCCCGAGGACGCCCCCCGGGCCCCCCUGCUCCGCCUGGCCGCCCUCAGCCUGUACCCCAGCAACGAGGACGUGAGCCAGGCGCUGGGGGGGCUCCUGUGCAGCCUCCGCCCCCCGGCCUCGCUCAUCUGCGCCAGGGCCGAGUGCCUGCUGCGCCUGGAGGAGCUGGUGCGGCAGUUCCUGAUUCUCGCUCGAGGCGCUCUCCGUGCCGUCCUGGACGCCGAGCAGGACCCGACGCCGCUGCUGAAGGAAAUCCGCGACGACAAAGUGCCGACCAUCAUCAUCGACGGCAGCGCCGCCACCGCCGGGCUCGUGCUGGCCAAGGCCUCGGAGCUCGGCAUGACGUCGACGUUCUACAAAUACAUCCUGACCACCAUGGACUUCCCGCUGCUCCGUCUGGACGCCCUGCCGGCCGCUCCGGCCACCGUCCUGGGCUUCUCCAUGUUCAACACGAGCCAUCGCUUCUACCCCGAGUUCGUGCGGAGCCUCAACAUGUCCUGGAGGGAGAGCUGCGAGCUGGGGCCCUACCCCGGCCCCGCGCUGUCGGCGGCGCUGCUGUUCGACGCGGUGCACGUGGUGGUGGGCGCCGUGCGGGAGCUGAACCGCAGCCAGGAGAUCGGGGGGCGGCCGCUGGCCUGCGCCGCGCCCGGCAUCUGGCCCCACGGCACCAGCCUGAUGAACUACCUGCGCAUGGUGGAGUACGACGGGCUGACCGGGCGCGUGGAGUUCAACAGCAAAGGGCAGCGCACGAAUUACAGCCUGAGGGUGCUGGAGAAGGGCCGGGAUGGACACAGGGAGGUGGGGGUGUGGUUCUCCAACCGGACGCUGGCCAUGGACGAGGCGACGCUGGCGCUGAACGCCUCGGACAGCCUGGCCAACAAGACGCUGAUCAUCACCACCAUACUGGAGAACCCGUACGUGAUGCGCGUGGCGGGCGCGGGCGGCCCCGAGCGCUACGAGGGUUUCUGCGUGGACAUGCUGCGGGAGCUGGCGGCGCUGCUCAAGUUCCGCUUCCACAUCAAGCUGGUGGAGGACGGGCUGUACGGGGCGCCCGAGCCCAACGGCUCCUGGACGGGCAUGGUGGGGGAGCUCAUCAACCGGAAAGCCGACCUGGCGGUGGCGGCGUUCACCAUCACGGCCGAGCGCGAGAAGGUGAUCGACUUCUCCAAGCCCUUCAUGACGCUGGGCAUCAGCAUCCUGUACCGCGUGCACAUGGGCCGCAAGCCGGGGUAUUUCUCCUUCCUAGACCCCUUCUCUCCGGCCGUGUGGCUCUUCAUGCUCCUGGCCUACCUGGCCGUCAGCUGCGUGCUCUUCCUGGCCGCCAGGCUGAGCCCGUACGAGUGGUACAACCCGCACCCGUGCCUGCGCGAGCGCCCGGGGCUGGUGCAGAACCAGUACACGCUGGGCAACAGCCUCUGGUUCCCGGUGGGGGGAUUCCUGCAGCAGGGCGCCGAGGUGCUGCCCCGCGCGCUCUCCACGCGCUGCGUCAGCGGAGUCUGGUGGGCCUUCACCCUCAUCAUCAUCUCGUCGUACACGGCCAACCUGGCGGCGUUCCUGACCGUGCAGCGCAUGGAGGUGCCCGUGGAGUCGGCCGACGACCUCGCCGACCAGACCAACAUCGAGUACGGCACCAUCCACGCCGGCUCCACCAUGACCUUCUUCCAGAACUCGCGCUACCAGACCUACCAGCGGAUGUGGAACUACAUGCACUCCAAGCAGCCCAGCGUCUUCGUCAAGAGCACGGAGGAGGGGAUCGCGCGCGUGCUCAACUCCAAGUACGCCUUCCUGCUGGAGUCCACCAUGAACGAGUACCACCGGCGCCACAACUGCAACCUGACGCAGAUCGGCGGGCUGCUGGACACCAAGGGCUACGGCAUCGGCAUGCCGCUGGGGUCGCCGUUCCGCGAUGAGAUCACGUUGGCCAUCCUGCAGCUGCAGGAGAACAACCGGCUGGAGAUCCUCAAGAGGAAGUGGUGGGAAGGGGGGCACUGCCCCAAGGAGGAGGAUCACCGCGCCAAAGGGCUGGGCAUGGAGAACAUCGGCGGCAUCUUCGUGGUGCUGGUGUGCGGCCUGGUCGUGGCCAUCCUGGUGGCCGUCAUGGAGUUCGUGUGGUCAACGCGGCGCUCGGCCGAGACCGAGGAGAUCUCGCUGUGCUCCGAGAUGCUGCGCGAGCUCCGCCGCGCCGUCUCCUGCAGCCGCCGCCCCCGCGCGCGCCGCCGCCGCCGCCCCCACCCCAAAUUCGGCGGCCACGCCCCUCCCCCGCACCACGCCCACCACCCCCACCAGGGCGGGGGAGGGGCGGCCCCGCCCCCGGCCCCGCCCCCCGCGCUGCGCGAGAUGCGCUUCAGCAACGGGAAGCUCUACUCGGGGCUGGGCGGGGGCGGGGGCGCCGGCGGAGGGCGGGGCCGGGGGCGGGGUCUCGGCGGCCCCGCCCCCUGCGCGCACGUGCGCGUGUGCCCCGAGUGCCGCCGCAUCCAGGCGCUGCACCGCGCGGGGGGCGGGGCCGGGGGCGGGGCCGGGGCGGCUCCUCCCCCCGCCGCGGCCACGCCCAAAACCCCCAGCCCCUCCCCCCCCCCCCCCCCUCCGCGGAUGGGGGAGGGGAAUGACUGCGGUAGCCCCUCCCCCACCACCAUCUCAAGCCCCGCCCCCUCAUCUUCAGCCCCACCCCCCCUUUUAAGCCCCUCCCCCCCCGCCUUGUGCGCCGUGCGCGCGGCGGGAAUUGGGGGGAGGGGCCACGCCCACCCCAGAAAGCCCCUCCCCCCAAUUUGGAGUUAGCCCCGCCCCCAUCGGAUUUGAAGCCCCUCCCCCCCCCCCAAAUUGCACUGUGCCUUCCCGGAAGGGGGUGGGGCGUGGGAAGCCCCUCCCACCUCCUCUGCCCCGCCCCCACCCCCACGAGGCCCCGCCCCCUCCCCAGACAGGCGCGGGGGGCGGGGCUGGGAUGGGGGAGGGGCUGAGGGGAAGGGGAG